ACCAGCGCGCGGGCGGCGGCGGCGGCGGCACCGGGGUCACGAACUCUGACCUUUCACUGACAAAAACAAUAACAAACCCCUCCUUCCCCGCGACCCCGGCGGCGCCUCCGGGCCCGCCCUCGCCGCCCCACUCCCACCUGGGCGUCUCGUCUCUCGCCCGCUGACCUGCGAGCCCGCGGCCCGGGGCUCCCGCCAUCCGCCGACGCCGGGAAGCCGGCCUCCCCGCGCCCUGCCCUCCGCGCCGGGGGCCGCCCGCCGCAGACACGGGACCUGCUUCGAGGUCGCUUUGGCGCCAAAUCCUGAGGUACCACGUACACAGACUUCUCGGCCGGAAUCUCCAGGGAUGACCAGCCCCUCCCCGCGCAUCCAGAUAAUCUCCACUGAUUCUGCGGUAGCCUCACCUCAGCGCAUUCAGAUCGUGACAGACCAGCAGACAGGACAGAAGAUCCAGAUAGUCACCGCAGUGGACGCCUCCGGAUCCCCCAAGCAGCAGUUCAUCCUGACCAGCCCAGAUGGAGCUGGAACUGGGAAGGUGAUCCUGGCUUCCCCGGAGACCUCCAGUGCCAAGCAGCUCAUAUUCACCACCUCGGACAACCUCGUCCCUGGCAGGAUCCAAAUCGUCACGGACUCUGCUUCUGUGGAGCGUCUUCUGGGGAAGGCCGACGUCCAGCGGCCCCAGGUGGUAGAGUACUGUGUGGUGUGUGGCGACAAAGCCUCAGGCCGUCACUAUGGGGCUGUCAGUUGUGAAGGCUGCAAAGGUUUCUUCAAAAGGAGCGUAAGGAAAAAUCUGACCUACAGCUGCCGGAGCAAUCAAGACUGCAUCAUCAAUAAACACCACCGGAACCGCUGUCAGUUUUGCCGGCUGAAAAAAUGCUUAGAGAUGGGCAUGAAGAUGGAAUCUGUGCAGAGUGAACGGAAGCCCUUUGAUGUGCAGCGGGAGAAACCAAGCAAUUGUGCUGCUUCAACGGAGAAAAUCUAUAUCCGGAAGGACCUGAGAAGUCCUCUGAUAGCCACACCAACAUUUGUGGCAGAUAAAGAUGGAGCAAGACAAACAGGUCUUCUUGAUCCAGGGAUGCUUGUGAACAUCCAGCAGCCUUUGAUACGUGAGGAUGGUACGGUUCUCCUGGCCACAGAUUCCAAGGCUGAAACAAGCCAGGGAGCCCUGGGCACACUGGCAAAUGUAGUAACUUCCCUUGCCAACCUAAGUGAAUCCCUUAACAAUGGUGACACUUCAGAAAUGCAGCCAGAGGACCAGUCUGCAAGUGAGAUUACUCGGGCAUUCGACACCUUAGCUAAAGCACUUAACACCACAGACAGCUCCUCACCUCCAAGCCUGGCGGAUGGGAUAGACGGCAGUGGAGGAGGGAGCAUCCACGUCAUCAGCAGAGACCAGUCCACACCCAUCAUUGAGGUCGAAGGCCCCCUCCUUUCAGACACUCACGUCACAUUUAAGCUCACGAUGCCCAGCCCGAUGCCCGAGUACCUCAACGUGCACUACAUCUGCGAGUCCGCGUCCCGCCUGCUCUUCCUCUCCAUGCACUGGGCCAGGUCCAUCCCGGCCUUUCAGGCACUUGGGCAGGACUGCAACACCAGCCUGGUGCGGGCCUGCUGGAACGAGCUCUUCACCCUCGGCCUGGCCCAGUGCGCCCAGGUCAUGAGCCUCUCCACCAUCCUGGCCGCCAUUGUCAACCACCUGCAGAACAGCAUCCAGGAAGAUAAACUUUCUGGCGACCGGAUAAAGCAAGUCAUGGAGCACAUCUGGAAGCUUCAGGAGUUCUGUAACAGUAUGGCGAAGCUGGAUAUAGACGGCUAUGAGUAUGCAUACCUUAAAGCUAUAGUUCUCUUUAGCCCCGAUCAUCCAGGUUUGACCAGCACAAGCCAGAUUGAAAAAUUCCAAGAAAAGGCACAGAUGGAGUUGCAGGACUAUGUUCAGAAAACCUACUCGGAAGACACCUACCGGUUGGCCCGGAUUCUCGUCCGCCUGCCAGCACUCAGGCUGAUGAGCUCCAACAUAACAGAAGAACUUUUUUUUACUGGUCUCAUCGGCAAUGUUUCAAUAGACAGCAUAAUCCCCUACAUCCUCAAGAUGGAGACAGCAGAGUAUAACGGCCAGAUCACCGGAGCCAGCCUAUAGCGCACACCUCACACCUGCCGAGGAGCACAGGAUCCGCCCAGGACCGCUCAAAUACAAAGAAAAUAAGUAGUGGUAUUUUGGUAUGUGCAAAUAUUUCCAGUAUCUUAGCUAUUUCCUACCUGGUUUCUUCUUAUCUGUUAAUCCCAGACAGUAGCAACUAAAAGACUAGUAGGAUCCUUUCCUGCCAUAAGAAAUGUUUUAAUGCCUUUUGAUGAAGCAGCAGAUUUUGGAACAAUCUUUUAACUCAGUUUUUAUUUAGAAAUUCUCAAAGGGCAAAAAAAAAGCAAAGUUUUAUAAUGUCAGAGACUAGUUAAAGAAAACUAAAAGAACCUAAGAGAACAACAGUAUGUGUGUAUAUAUUAAAAACGUCCUUGGAAAUAAUAGCUACUAAUUACCAGGGUAAUGAUAUUAGCACUUUCUAAGCACUUCUUAUCAAUGUGUAAUGUUAGCAACAUCUUGCCUGUGUGCAGGGCAAAUGGAAAACUGUGUAUGUCUUUUGCCGAAAUACUAAUGAUUUCUGUGAAAAUGCAAUAGGGUUACAGGAGACAAUCAUUUAUGCUUAAGGAAGGAAGGCGUCAUUCCUAACUGUACGCACAUGUUGCUGGUGUAGAGCUAAAUUCCCGGGAAUGAAUGAAGAUGCAGCUUAUUGUACGUGCAGUCAGGGGGAGUGUGGUGGCACAAUCGUGGUGACCUGAAUUCGAAGCUUCCUCAGCCAGAGCUGAUGCUUGUCAGGUUCCCUGACCUCUGGUCCUGGUCUGUGACGGGCAUCUGCAGGCUCCUCUGAACUCGGGCCUCUUCUGGUGACUGGUUCUCAGAAUUGGAUUAAACCAGUAAGAUGUUAACUGCCAGUUCCUGCAGCAACUGAAAACAUCCACGAAUCACCUCCAUCACUUACAGCAGUUGGAGCGUUCUGACCAAAAAGUGCAAGGUGAGCAUUCUGAACCCUUGCCGGGACCUCCCGACUACAGUGUGGCGGGGGGUUGCAUGUUUUUCAGGUGGAGGAGUGCGAGGGCUCCCUUCUCAGCAGUUUCCAUCCCAAAUAACCCUUGGGAAGGGCCUGUGUUCCUGCACUUCGGUCCGAACUGGGAGGUGGACUGUGGUGCGGGUCUUGCUGCCUGCCCAGGCAGCAGGUGUGGUGGAGCUGAGUGGCAUGUUUCUCAGUGUCUCCAGGCUCAGCACCUCUGUCAGCAGGUCUCUCAAUGAUCCUGGCGUACCACGCACUUGGGUUCCCCCGGUUGUGCCAGCAGACGAACUCUGGAGCGUUUUACAUGAUGGAUGUAGAAGCAGGCUGCAUGCUCCUUAAAAACAACCUCUAAUCCCCAAAGUUAUCAUCUUCUUUCUCCUUGUAAGUGAUAGUGACCAUUGUUUACAAGAACAGAAUGCGGUUAUUGGGAAGUUUAGUCGGAGAAAAGCGCCCAUAGUUCCCCUGGUUGUGAAGCAGCAGCUCACAUUUCCAUUUGGGAAAAGUAGCAAGGCUGCCUCAGGUACCUGUACUUUCUUUCUGUGUAGCCCAGAUUAAGAAAAUACAGUGUGAGGCUAAACUUGUAUUUCUGGAACCUUUUGAUCAGAUGAUACCCCAAAAGACCCCAGUGCACUCACUCCCCUGCCUCCAGGCAUCCACGGCCGUGUAAAGCUGAGGAGAGCAAGGUGGGUGCCGGGCUGCCGCCACGGGCUUAUGGCAAGACGGGACUCUAUUCCGCAGUUGGCGGCGGCACUUAUGGAAGUCAUUAGUGGGAAUCAGUGGGAACAGUGUCUCCAACUUGGAAAUUCCUGUUUGGAUCUGAUUAUGUCAUUUAUCGUUCAUGCCUUGGGAGCAAAUUUUGGAGAAUAGUGGGGGUACCUGUUAUAAAAUAAUGGGAAGGAUUUAAUUUUGACAGCUUAAAUUUUUGGUUUUCUAACUUUGAAGUGAUUUAAGUUUCAAAAUUAAGGCAAAAAGUGGCUAAGGAUUUUCGCAGAGGGUAUUUUGUAGCACUUGUGUGCAUCUUACAUAGCGAGUUGCCUGUUUUUCUGUUCUUCUGACUUUGGAUGUAAGCAUGUCUGUUGAUCCUGUAGCAGCUCCCUGGGAACACGUAUUGUGUCACACAUCUUUCAGGUUUGAGCUCUCGGUGAUGGUGAAAAGGUCCACACUGGCCGGCUGCACUGGGCGUCCUGUGUCUGUGAGGCUUUUACACUCAGGUUGCUACGGUAUGAGGGCAGCUUAGCCAAGACCUAGACUGAAGUCUCUGCUGGGAACAGAAGGUGGUACCAGCAGGGAGCCAGUGAACACCUGGAUAAGCAUAUGCCCCACUCCAGCAGGACAGCUCGGGAGAAAAGCUGAUUCUAAGCUGGUCCUGCUCCCUGAGUCCCUUCACUGCUGAUGGCUGAUUCUAGUGGACCAUUUUGGGCUUUGAACACUCCUCAUUAGUUUCCUAGAUCCCCUUGGCCUUACUCUGAAGUGGACUUUUCCGUAAAAAUCAGCUCCACACUACCUGAAUUCUCGCCACUCAAGCCUUUGACAGCAGGUCCAUUCUCUCUUGUCAAACUGGUUAAAAGAAACCCAGAGUCAAGAAUUAUUUAAAGAGAUUGCAAGUAAAUAUUUGGGCUCAACUUUGACCAGGCUUUUAACCCUUGUUAGUAGUUUUUGAAACUCUGAUUUAGUACAGUGAGACCAGCCCUGAGUAGUCUGCAUCUGAGUGAAAUAAGCCAGGAUCAGGAUUCUUUGCCACGAAAAGCCUGGCCCAGCCACCCCUCCCUCCGUGAGGAAAGUACCUAAGGGAGGUGGGGACAGACGUACACCACUGCUUCUUGACGAAGUGGGCUCUUUUCCAUCGGUAUUUCAGAUAAUGUUGGACAGUUAUCUAUUGAAAUUUGUGGAGUUCAUUACAUAUAAUCAUAAAACAGGACCGGAAGAGAUGUAGAAAAAGACCAAAUUACUCAAGCAAAUAUUUUCCAUGUUAUUCCUUGAAAGUAUUUUUAAGGAAGUAUGUUACCACCCUUCUGAUUUGUGUGUGUGUGUGUGUGUGUGUGUGUGUGUUUGGGGUGGGGCGGGGAGGCUACCUUAUUUAUUGUCUAACCUCUGCCUUGAGGCUGUGGUCAGGGUUCUUUUGUUGUUUGAGUUUUUAUAUUUAAUUUCAGGUGUAGUCACUUGUAAGAUGUUAUGUAAUCGCCCUCAAGAGGGAUCAUUUUCUAGCCUGUCAGCGUCAGUAUUAAAUGCAGACUCUCUCCCAAGGUGGUGGCAAUGGACACGGC